GGCGGGAGGAAGAGGGGAAGGAGGGGUAGGAGGAAAAAGAGAGAGAGAGAAGCGAAGGAGCGGACGGGAAGAGGGAUUGUCUGCUCGGGCGCGCUACUAAAUUGAGUGAAAAAACCCGACCAUGGAUGGUGGUAGGUGCCAGAUCGUGGAGAAAGAGAGAGGGGAGGUGCGGAGUUGCUAUCUGGGAGUAGCAGCUGGAUUAGCAGAAGCAGAAGCAGUAGCAGCAGCAGCAGCAGGAGGAGGCGGAGGCGGAGGCGGAGGAGGAGGAGGAGGAGGAGGAGGAGGGGGGGCGGGGGGAAGAGGAGGAGGAGGAGAAAGCGCGCUUGUGCAGGCGGAAGUUGUCAACAUGGGGCGCGCGGAGGUAGCGGACUCUGGGCGGAACCGAUGGGGGGGAUUCCACGUGGUCGAUCAGCGGGGUACGCAACAGCCAUACCAGAUGUCGUCUGGUUAUGGCACGAUAGGGGCAAAAGCUAGUUUCUGGAGAUUUGGCGGCCAGAAACGAGGGCCAGUGAUGUGCUGUGCUGCAUCUGAAACCACUUCAGACCCUGGGGUGUUUGGCCAGAAGAGGAAAGAUAGGACUCAGAUGAAUGCACCUUUGAGAGUGGGGACAAAUGUGCAAGGGGAAGAUGGUGAACAGAAGGAAGGACAAAAGCAAAGGGAGAGAGUGGGGACGGAUGUUCAGGCGAAAGAGAGUGGGCAGAAGGAACGAAUCCCCUACCCGCAUGGCAUAUUCUCUUUUUUCAUCAAGAGAAAGAGGAGGAAAGAAGCCGUGCAGGCUGUCAAGGAGGCGAUUCGACUCAGGGAUAGAAAGAAACUGGAGUGUGCUUUGGAGGAAGCAGAGGUACUUGCUGCCAAUAGCGGGUCUGUAAGGGAAGGAAGGGCUGUCCUUUUGCUUUUGAAGUCCUCACCGGCUGUGCCAAGGGUUGCCCAGACUGAUGAAGUGCCAGCAGAAAAGAGUCCAGGGGCAAAGGGUGAGGAUCAUGGGAGAAGCAAAGAACCAAAGACUCAUGAGGGUGAGGCCGGCGAGGGAAAAGAUGAUGCUGAACGUUCGCAUGGUGGAGGAUGGAUGGAAAAAGUGCGAAAUGAUUUGAGAGCUCGGGAUGAAGGAAUGAACUCUGGUGGCCUUGUAACUGAUUCUGGAAAUGGGAGGAGAACAGGGCUGUCCCUUCUCCAAGAGUCAACCCUGGAAGGCACAAAGUUGAUAUCUUCAGGAUCCGAAAGGGGAGAGACCGUAGCCAACGCAGUGCGACACGGAGAAACACAGGAGGCGGAAACACCGGGAAGAGACGAAGGGAGUGAGAGUAGCACCAAGGUGCCAAUGGCAAAUGCAGAGUCCAUGGGUAACGACAGCAGCGCUUGUCAACAGAGGGAGGACAGAGACACUGUCAAGGUGCGAGUCGAUGCCUCCUCGUCUGGUGAGGUUCUUCCGUCCUCCACGCCGCUACUGACUCUCGAGUCAGACGUUGACCAGGGACGGUGGGAAAAUGGCCGUGGAACCCUCGGCUCCACCCUCAGUGCGAAGGAGCAGGGCAGUGUGAAGGAGAUGGGUAGUGCUGGGGAAACCCAAUGCUCUCAACUUUCGAAGACGGACCUACCAUCACAACUGCUCACCACUAAGGAGACAUGGGAUGGCUCUCCUGUGUCAGGCAGAACAAGCUGCAGUAGUACAAGCAGUGCCUCCAGCAGCAGCCAGAGACAACACGAAUCAUCAGAAAGUGCCUUGGCAGGAAAUCAGGAACAGCUUGAAGGUGGAGCAAAUGCCAGAUUGAAAGAGGGGAGCAUUCCUUCUGCUGAGCUGAGUGAUGGAAGGAAGGCACAAGAUGUGCCACGACCAGACGAGGACCUGAUGGGGGCAGCAAAUGUAACAUCAUCUGGAUUCAGAGAUCAGGAGACAGACCAACGGGUGGUAGGGCUGAAGAAGGAGCAGGAGGUUAAAGCAGGGAUGAGGAAGAUGGAUGCAUGGAUGGGGGACAAGGAGGGUCUGGAAACUGCUCUGAGAGAGGCAGAGAAGUUGGGCUGUCUAAAUGAAAAGUGGGUACAGGACGUAAAAGAGGUGCUCGAAAGGGGAAAUGAGCAAGAAUCUUAUAGCGAGAGUUAUGGUGAAUGGCUCGCUGGAAGUGCAGCUGCAGGGGCCCAGGGGAAAAAAAAUGAACAUGAGAGGGAUAAUGAUGAAGAUCACGAGGAUGAUGACGAUGACAAGGAUGAGGUGACGUCCAAGCUGACAACACCAUGGUCAUCGAAUGGGAACCUAGCAGGGGUGGCAGCAGCGACACGUCUUGCGCCGAGUGAGGGCUCAGUAUUCAAGCCUCGUGGACCUCAAAGCCCGUCAAACUCCCAGGAUAGCGAUGGGGCAAGGGGUGAUACGAGUUUCUGUUCUAACAAUGCAAAGGGGAGUAGGCUUGGCAUAUUAAGUGGGAUUACAGAUGGAGGAGACAACAAGGCCGUUUGGCGAACGCAGGACAUGGUAGACGGCCUUGAACAGGUGGAGGAAUGGGGAGAGGUUGGUGAUGAGGGAAAGAUUGUACAAGGGAGGUUUCUCCCUGAGAGGAAUGACAAGGAUGAGCUGGCCAUGGUAGGUCUUGAAGACAAGAAAGAAAGGCAGGUGGUGGACAAGCAGGACGGGAGCACGAAUAUAUCCCAUCCCCAUGAUGCCCAGCAUGAGCAUUAUGACCUACCAUGGCCUCUGCGAUUCUUGCAGCAAGCUAUGGCUGAUCGGAACCUGCAGUCGCUUGAGCUGGGUGUCACUGAAGCGGAGCACCGAGGACACAAUGAUCAUGACAUUUGUCAGGCUGCGAGGGCAAUGAUCCUGAGACUUCAUGAGGAGCGAGAGAGCCUGUCAGUUCUGGAUGAUGCCACAUGUAGUGGAGAAGCAGGAAGAACGGAGGAGGCACUCAAAGCUGCCAACACCGUUGGAUGGAAAGGUGAUGAGGUGGGAAACGGAAACGAGCAUCUUCUUGAGGUGUCUGAAGAGGAAAAGCAGAUGAAUGCGCAGUUGAACGAAGCGGUUAUGGAAGGUCGCCUGGUACCUCUGGAAGAAACUGUCUCCGCUGCAAGAUGCCAUAAUAGUGUGGAUGUGAAGCUCAUGGAGGAUGCUGAAACAUUACUAUCCAAACUUCGGAAGGAGAAGGAGGACAUGCUUGCCUUGGUGGACCGGGGACUGGUCGAGAAAGACCUCACCGCCCUGGUCCAUGCACUGUCAAUAGCGCAUGAAAUGGGCCUGGCGAAUCUUCCACGCAUGGAGGAUGCCAAAAAAGAGAAGGAAAGGCUUGAGAAGGAAGAGGACGCUUGCAUGCAAGUCAAAGUUGCGAUUCAUGAUCGAGACUUAACUGCGUUAAGAACAGCUUUGCUGACAUGCACUGAGCUGGGUGUUCAAGGCACAGGAAUUGCUGAGUGGAGAAAAAUGUUGAGCAGCCUGGAGAGGGAGAAGGAAGCCAUAGACCAGCUGGUGGAGGCCACAAAAGGAAGUGAUCUGGAGAAGCUUACUGCCUCAAUUGAGAAGGCAGAGCGCGCCGACAUUCCAAAGGAGAUGCUGGACAUGGCUGCGAUCAGAGUGGCAGAGCUGGAAAAGGCAAAGAUGAAAGAGGAGACUGCCAGGAAUGAGCUGAAGGUUGCUAUUUCUGGACGGGAAAUGUCAGAGCUGGAACAGGCGCUGGCUCUAGCCAAGGAGCUGUCCCUGGACAGCAGUUUAAUCUCCGAAGCAGAAACGUUGUUUCAGACCCUUCAAAAGGAGGAAGAAGUGAGGGCUCUCAUACGAGAGGCAAUCCAGCGCAGAAGUUUGGGCGACUUGGAGAAGGCGGUGGGAGAGGCGGAUGCCAUCUCCCUCACAGAUGGGCUUGUUGACACGGCAAGGAGGGAGUUGAAAAGAGCGCUGGAGGAGGCCGAAGUGAAGAUGAUGAUGGCAAACGCCAUUUCAGUUGAGGAUAUUCGGGAGCUGAAACUAGCCAUAAGUCAAAUGGACAAAUUGGGCUUGGCACAACCGACAGUUCAUGAGGCAAAGCAGGUCUUGCAUAUGCUGGUGGUUGCGGAAGAACAAUUGGUGACGAAAGCAGUUGAUGAUGGACGAGUAGAAGUGAUUGAGGCGGCGUUGAAAGCGGCAGAGGAGAAAGGGUUGGACUCUGGGAUGGUGGUGUCAGAGGCCAAGCUCCUGGUGUGCAAAGCCAGGGAUGAGAAGUCAGUCCUUGACAUGGCAAGUAGGAUACUGGCGAUGGAUGAGGAUUCGCUGAGGCUACAGGAAAUUGAAGACGUGGUGACAACCAGCCAGAAGCUGCAACUUCGAGGACCGACCAUCACAUCCAUCACCAAGCUGUUGGGGACUAUGAAAGCGAGGGGAAGAGCCCGAGAAGAUCUCCGAAAGGCUCUUCGAGACAGAGACGUGUGGCUGCUGGACUCCGCCCUGUCCAAAGCCAACAGUUUAGGUCUCGAAGGUGCAGACAUUGAGGAGGCGCGAGUUCUUGUUGAAAAGACACAGGAGAGGAGGGAUCUCAUCAAGACAUUGAAGAUGAGCAUAGAGUCAAAGGAUCUGGAGAGACUCGAAGAGGUUCUGGGAGGGGCCAGGAGGAAGGUGUGGGAAUGGAUCCGCGAGGAGGACCAGGCAAUGGAGGCAGAAGCUGGCAUGCUUGGUGAUCUGCUGCAGGAAGCAGGAGAUGUUGCCCAGAGACUUAGAGAGAUCAAGAACCUAUGCCAAAGAAUUAGGGAGGUCACAGGCAGCUCCUCCAUCACCAAGGGAGGGACCAAAAGGGACAUCGCGGCAUUGCAGAAAGCAGUGGCAGAGCUGGAGAAAUUGGGUGGGGAGGAGGAGCCAGCUUAUACCGAGGGGAAGAUCCUGAUCGAAAGAUGGACAAGGGAGAGGAAGGUGUUGGACAAGGUCGAGAGAGCAAUUGACUUCUCACAGUCCGUAGAGCUGGCUUCUGCCGUCCGGGAAGCGGACCUGAUUGGCCUGGAUGGCGAGGACAUUGUCAAAAGGGGCAAAUCAUGCCUCGAAUCAAUCAAGAAGAAGGGGGAUGUGAAGGUGAAGCUCCGACUUGCCAUAGCACUGCGAGAUAGCAAAGCUCUGGAGACGGCUGUGUCGCUGGCAGAGGGAAUGGACCUGGCCCAUCUUAAGGAAGUGCUCAAGGCGAAGGAGGUCUUGGCCAAACUGGAGGAGGAGAGAGCGGCCAUGAACUCCAUGAGAAUAGCCAUGGAGAAUAACAAUCUUGAGGCUGUGGAAGCGGCAUGGGAAUGCGCUCAGAAGUUGGGCGUCAAUGAUCCGAUGGUCCAGGAUGCAAGGAAUAUGCUAGAGAAGAAGUGGGCUCUGCGAAUAGCAGAGAGCAAGCUCAUGGAUGCGGUGGAGACGAGGGAUAUGAAUGCGCUGGAAGAGGCCCUCAAAGUUGCUGCUGAUCGAGGUGUAGACCCCAAAAUGCUGGCUGAUGCUGAGAGUGUGGCUCUACAGCUGGCGACGGAGAACGAAAUCAAGAAUGCAAUAAUGAGAGGGGUGCAGGAGGAAAGGUGGGAAGAUGUGGCCAAAGCAGUGGAGAGAGCAGAGGGCCUCAGCUGGGAGGAUGAUGAUGUGAAGGCCGCGAGGAAAAUCAUGGAAGAGGUGCGGUUGCGAAAUGCGGCCCUGGUCAAAAUGAAGGACGCAGCGGGAAGGAGAAAUCUCGAGGACCUCACUGUGGCGUUGGAGCUGGCAAGACGAGUGGGAAUAGAAGAAGAGGAGAUGAUAGGAGUGAAGAAAGUCCUUGAAGAACUAUGUGAGGAGGACGCGAUCAUCAAGGAAAUCACCACAGCUGUCGAUAGGAGGGACUUGUCCCGGCUGGAGAUGGCUAUGAAGACUACAGAGUCAAUCAAGGGUUUGGAAGGGAGCGCGGUUGUGAGGGAAGGACUGGAAGUUCUGCGCCGGCUGAAGGAGGAGCGUUCACUGUUUGAAGAGAUAAGGGAGGCCAUCAAGAUCAGGAGCUUACGACGUCUGGAGGCAGCAGUGAGGAAGGCAGAGGAGCUGAAAGAUUUCGAAGGCAAUCUCACGGUCGUAGAAGCAAGGAAGGUGAUCGGGCAGCUUCAUGUGGAGAAGGCCGCCAUGGACAAGGUGAGGGAGGCGCUCAACAAGAAGGAUGUGAGAAGGUUGGGCGAAGCGGUAAGAGAGGUGGAAUGGCUUGUUGACCGGAGGGAGUGGGAUCCAGUCGUCGAACGAGGGAGGCGAGCAUACCAGGAUAUUGUCAAAAUCUGGACAGAGUUGGAAUUGGCAAUCAGGAACCGAGAUGUGCACCAUCUCAAGAAGUCCCUUCAGAGAUGGGAUCGUGGAAUUUACAGUGAUUGGGAUGACAGGAGGGUAGAGGAAGGGAGGGAACUGUUGUGUAAACUGGAGGUUGCCGAGAUGAUGCUGGAAAGAGGGGUUUGUAGCAGGGAUAUGGAGGCGCUGAGGAAGGGACUGGAAAUGGCAAUGGAAAUGAGGCUACGGAACCUGAAGGUGAAAAGGGCAGAGUCCGUAUUGUCAAAGCUCAGAGCGUGGAGGGUCGCGGCUGUGAUUGCUCAGCAUGGCGCUGCUACACGAGCUAUUGACGUGCUUGAGACAGGGCUGAGGCUUGGCGACAUUGCCGGGCUAGAUAGCAGGGAGGUUGGUCGAGAGAGACAGGAACUGGAAAGGCUGAAGCUGGAAAGGGACAUGGUGACGGCCAUCAUCAAUGCCAUGGAAGCGGGAGACAUGGAUUCUCUCGAAAGAGUGGUAAGGAUGGCGGACGAGAUGGAGUUGGAAGCAAAGGAGGCAAAGGAUGCCAAGCAGGUGCUUGAAGUUGCAAGGGCCAGGGCUGCCUCUCUCCUUGCCCUGCGUGAUGCUCUCAGCUUGAGAGAUGCGGACCGCAUCCAAAGAGCAAUCCAACAGGCCGAGCUGAUGAACAUCGAGGAUGAGACGGUGCUUUAUGCAAAGGUCCUGGUCGUGCAGUUGACAGCAGAAGCUCAUGCCGUUGCUCUUAUGGAGGAGGGCAUCAAAACAGAGGAUGUGAUAGUGUUGGAGGAAGGCUUGGUCCUAGCGGAGAGGUUAAAGAUGUCUGAUCAGCGUGUGGAACGAGCAAGACGGAUGUUGGGGAGAAUCCGCCCCAAGUGGGAAAUGAGCUUAAGGCUACGAGAAGCGAUGGACGCAGGCAAUGAACUAGCGUUGGAGGGUGCUUUGGGAGAGGCAGCGGCUCUUGGUGUAGACUCUCAACUUUCUCGUGACGCAUCAGCCUUGCUCUGCCAGCGAAGAUUGGAGAAAGCGGCCAUGACCAGACUCACCAUAGCCGUGCAACUGCGAGAUAUGGAUGAGGUGGCGGUUGCUGUCGAGGCAGUUGAAAAACUUCAGCUGCAGGGAGAUGUUUUAGACGAAGCCAGGAUCUUGCUUGAGGGGAUGGACAAGGAGGGUUAUGUUACGUCUCGUCUGCAGCAGGGAAUUGAACGCAAGGACCUUCCGUUGCUGGAGUUGGGUCUGAGGAUGGCACAGAAGUAUGGCAUGUCCGGGGACCUCGUGGAGGAGGCUAAAAACUCUUUGGAAGAUCUGAAAGACUGGGCAGAGAUUAUGGAACAGCUUGGUUCUGCAAUGAGGGACAGAGACAUCGGCAGGUUGGAGACUCUGCUUGCUGCAGUCAAUUGCAAGGAAGCCUCCAAGAACUCAAUAGGUAGGGGGUCUGGGGCAGGGUUUAGCAUCAGCCUGAGUUUCAACUACAAGACGGAGGUUGUCGCAGAGGCGGAGAAAAUACUCGAGCAGUUGGUAGUCGAAGAGAGAAUCCGUGAUGCCAUCUUCAAUGAGCAGAUUGGGGAUCUGGAAUUUGGUCUUGCUGCGGCGGAGAAAGUGAACCUGGAGGGAGAUCUCAUUGAUAGGGGAAGGUGCGUCUUGCAGCUCAAGAGAGCAAUGGAGGCACGAGAUGCACCAACGCUAGCAGCAGCGAUACAUGCAGCCAGCCGUCUUGAUCUUGGGGGCGAGUACAUGUCUGAGGGAAAGACAAUACUUGAUCAUCUACGAGAAGAACUGAAGGAUAUGGCCUACAACACUGGUAGUGUGAGAAGUGCCCCCAUGGCCAGUGUUGGUCCAACAUCUCCAGCAACUCCCACCAUAGACAAGGAGGGUUCUCAUCAGAAGAUGCAGCAGGAGAUCAUGGGAGAACUGUUGAUAGACGAGGUGGCACACACUGUCGACUUAAGGUCAAUUGCCUCUGACCUGCACCUUGGAGCAGUCGACAAUGCCGUUGCCACGGCGACUAACCCGAAGUGGAAGGUCAGCAAGUACGGCAAUUUGCGAUCACCCGAGGCAUUCGGGAAGAGUCCGGUUCGAAACCGCCUUGAUGCUGACGAUGCCUCAGGUGUCCCAUUGCUAAGGCUUCCAAAGCGGCUGGCAGAAACAGCUAUCAUAUGUCACAAGAGGCUGCUGCAGGUCUGUGGAGACAGGCCAAUCAGAGGACCUUUAGGUGUUACAGCUAGAGGGAUCCUUGUAGCAGGGAGUCAGACAGCAGAAGUUAGGGAUGAAAUCUAUGUCCAGAUCUGCAGGCACGUAACCACCACCACCAAUCGUAAGAGCGAGAGGAGAGGCUGGGUCAUCUUCUGUCUCUGCGCUGAUACGUUCGAGCCAUCUGUCAACCUGGUUUUGUACUUGCUCAACUUCUGUGGACAGCACUGGAAUGAAAAAAGGAAUCUAAAGAUGGCAAGGUAUUGUUUUUGCAAGCUGGGGGAGACCUUGCACCCAGGGGAGGAGGUGGACACCAGAGACUGCAUGGUCAAACUCCCCGAUAGGAAAGUCAUCAUCAGCGCAGACGAUAUCACGGAAAUUCUUACCGAUCGUGCACAUGUCAAGGAAUCAGCAGGGAAUACGAUCAACUUGAAGCGAAUGGGCGACGUCAAGCUGCAAUUCGGAAGAGGAGGAGGCAGCGGAGCGGAGGAGGAGAAGGAGGAGGAGGAAGAGUAUGGCAAGGAGGAGGGGGAGGAGGGGGAGGGGAGGGGGGGAGGGGGGGGAGUAGGAGGAUUACAAGGAGAAUCAGCACAGAAUACGGUCACCAUGAAGUGAAUGGGUGAUAUCAUGUUGCAAUGCGGAAGGGAAAGAGCAGGAGGAGGAAUAGGAAGAGGUGGAGGAGAGGAGGUUUAGUGCCUAUGAUUUUAAGGGACUUAGACGAAGGUUACAUGGCUCAGAAUGUA